CAAGAAGCAAAAGGCAAUACUAAGAAGAAAAACUUCUUAUCCACAAAAAUGAUGAAGUUUUCUUCUCUUCUUUUGCUUUUCUUUAUUUUCCCGAUAGCAUUUGCUCAACUGCGAGUCGGGUUUUAUAGCCGCUCAUGCCCUCAAGCCGAGACUAUCGUACGCAAUCUGGUGCGCCAACGGUUUGCUGCUAACCCAACCGUCACCGCCGCUUUGCUCCGUAUGCAUUUUCACGACUGCUUCGUUAGGGGUUGUGACGCUUCCCUGCUCAUUGACUCGACCACCACUCGUCCGUCUGAGAAAGCGGCCGGACCAAACGGAAGCGUUAGAGAGUUUGACUUGAUCGACCGGAUCAAGGCUCAGCUAGAGGCCGCGUGUCCCUCCACGGUCUCAUGCGCUGACAUCGUCACGUUAGCGACACGUGACUCCGUUGCCUUAGCCGGAGGCCCGAGCUACAGCAUCCCCACGGGAAGGCGAGAUGGUUUGGUCUCAAACAGUGCUGACGUGGCCCUUCCGGGUCCAACAAUCUCAGUCGCCGGAGCCGUCAGUUUGUUCACGAACAAAGGGAUGAACGUGUUCGACGCUGUGGCUCUUUUGGGUGCACAUACCGUUGGUCAGGGAAACUGUGGUCUGUUCAAUGACAGGAUCACUAAUUUCCAAGGAACCGGACGACCUGACCCGUCCAUGGACCCAGCUUUGGUUUCCAGGUUAAGGAACACAUGUAGAAACAGCGCGUCAGCGGCACUAGACCAGUCGACUCCACUAAGGUUCGACAAUCAAUUCUUCAAGCAACUCCGUAAAAGAAGAGGAGUGUUGCAGGUUGACCAGCGGCUCGCAACAGACCGACAGACACGUGGUGUUGUGGCUCGAUAUGCUAACAACAAUGCCUUCUUCAAACGUCAAUUUGUUAGGGCAAUGGUAAAGAUGGGAGCCGUUGAUGUGCUUACCGGUCGUGCUGGUGAGAUUAGGAGAAACUGCAGAAGAUUCAACUGA